AUGCUCAUGGGCUCACCUUUUCGCAGUUGGUGUCAGCCAUGCAAAAUUCUCUCUCCCAUCCUUGAACAACUCACAGAGGAUCCUUCCACCGAAACCACAUCCCGCCAGCCUUUGGAUCUGGUCACAAUUAACAGCGAUACCGAGGAGGGAAAGGAGCUCUGUGAGCGGUUCAAGGCACACGCACUUCCAAUAGUCGUGGCAUUCUAG